AUGAAGGCAGUUCUACAAGUCUUCCCCAUGCUGCUGCUGCUCCUGGGCCUAGGGUGGGGAUACCGGUUGGAUCCGGCAAUCCUGGAGGAUAGCCAGGAGCUGCUGAAUCAGUUUUGGGACAGUGACUCAUGGGAAGAUGCAGCUGAAGACAUGGAUAUCAUCCAAGCCAUGGGAUCCCAGGAGGCCUAUGAUAAUGACAUGCUGCUGUUGGAUUCCACGGAGUCAGCGUUGGCUGAGGCCUUUCUCAGAGAAGAUGAAGUUAGGGAUGAGGAAGAGCCAGCGGCCGAGGACCUCUUCCGUGAGGAGGUCACGUCCUACCUGAGGCAGGUCCAAUCUAACGGGGACAACAGUGUCAUGAUGGUCUGGAAGGCCUGGGAGCCAGAGGACACAUGUAAGGCAAAGCGUACUGUUAUCCAUCAAAAGCAAGAGAAAGGCAAAGCUAUCCAUGGCACUUAUGAGAAGAACAAAUGUUCCCGGCGCAGGCAACCUCUGCUCACUAUUUGUCAAGUAACCGAGGACAUAGUCUCUCCCAAGAAGUAUAACCACAAGAGCCCUCUUGUGACUGUGACUAUCACCAUUGCCUGUGAUGGCUUGGGCCCUCUAAGCUUUAAUUGUUAAAUAUGAAAUUUUUUGGACAGCUCUUCUUUCUCCUCCUGUUAAUUCUCAACUUAAGCACAUGCUCACGGGGUCAGGGUUAGAAAGGGGCUAGAGGGAUCAUUUGAGCAAUUUUAAAAUGAGGGAACUGAAGUCUGUCCAGAGUGGUAAUGCCCUUAUGCCCAAGAUCCUCCUCUUCCACCCAGUUUUAAUGACCAGGAAGGCAAAGUCCUGUAAAUUGGGACUUUUUCUCCUAUCCUAAGCUCUUUCUUUUCUUUUCUUUCUUUCUUUUUUUUUUUUUUUGCUGAGGCAACUGGGGUUAAGUGACUUGGCCAGAAUCACACAGUAAAUAUUAAGUGUCUAAGACCAGAUUUGAACUCAACUCCUUCUGACUUCAGGACUGUACUCUGUCCAGUGCACCAACUAGCUGUCCCCUAUUUAAACCUCUUAAAGCAGUCCAGUAGUAACUACCAUAGUGAAGAAAAAAUCUUCCACUGAAUAUGAGAUAAGUAGGAGGAUCUGCCCCUUUGGGCACACUUGGAAAGAAAAAAAGGUCUCUACUAUGGGAGGAAAUAGAGGGGCAAGUCUAGAGGGCUGGAGUUGUCCCAAUCUGAUAUAUUCCCUUCUCAUCCAGGAGAGGGUAUGAAUGGACUAACGUUGCUGAUCUAGUCUUGUUUGAGGGAAUAUAUGGAAAACCUCUAUUAGGAUUGUGCUCAACUGAAAUCUCCAUCCUUUUAGUAAAUAUAUGAAACUGGUGAAUGUGGGCUAAACAGAAGCCCAAAAUAAUGUUAACAGCAAACAGAAAAUCACCUCUACAUUAAUAAAUUCAUAAUUAAAGGUAAUUGCUCUGUUGCCCCACAUUGUGUUAAGUGAUAGAGUUGUA